UCUGACAGUGACGUGUCAGCACCAACAAAUUCCUCUACUUAGUUCACACGUCAGUCCACCAGCCGCUCAGUAGGACUCUGCCGGGCGAAGAAGCUCCUUUAGAAAAGUGCCUGCAUGGCUCUCAAACCCUUCCUCCUUCUGGCGCUGUGGGUCUUCUCUCUUCCUGCGAAUCUCGCAUCUGCGUGUGAUGUCACCUGCUCCACGGACUACGUUAGGACUCUGAACUGCUCCUGCUCGGCAUCGGUGCCGGAACAUCCCGUCACCCUGACCGUCGUCUGCAGGGCCGAAGAUGCUGAAGCCAGCGGCAGCUGUGUCAUCAAUUCCAGCCAGUCCUGGUGCACAAUUACCAAGUCUCUACAAAGAGUAGCUUCUAUUGAAACUAUCUGUACUACAUCAGUGCGACGGCACGAGCUGAUGGAGAACGCCACAGAGUCAGACAGCUUUUCUCUGUCUGAUGUGGUGAAACCUGAGCCUCCGUUUGACGUCAAAGUGACAAAAGUCAACGACUUCUACAACAUCUCCUGGAGCACCAGGGAGGAGCAGCCCCUCACAUACAGGCUGCGGAUAAGAGAAGCUGCAAACCUCAUGGUUCCAGUUUAUGAGCUCCAAGUUGAAGAAGAAAACUUGUCCCUCAUGGUGAAUAAACUCCAACCAAAGGUCAGCUACGUUGUGGAUGUUCAGGCCAAACUUCGGCCCGAUGAGAUCUUGUUAGGCCCGUGGAGUGAGUGGAGCUCAGGGACAGAAUGGAGAACGCCUGGAGAAGAUGAAGGAAAAGACAUAUUUUGGUUGUACUUGUCAGUUCCUGUUGUUCUCUUCUUCUGCCUCCUGAUUCUGGGAUAUUUACAGAAACCGUGUUGGCUGAAGAAACUCAAGAUGAUUUCGUUCGUCCCGAGCCCGGACGAAUUCUUCAAGCCUCUCCAUCAAAAGCACCAAGGGAACUUCAAGGAGUGGGUGAAGCCCGUGUUUGGCGAGCACGACUACUUAAAGAUCAGUGCAGGUGCUCAGAAAACGAGCACAAAGAAAUACGACAUCCUCAAGUGGAACAACGAGAGGCGGAGCUCCAGGGAAGACCGUGAGCUGAAAGAUUUCCUCCAAAUCGCACAGCCGUCCAACAGCCUGCUUUUUUUCCCAGAGAGUGGCAGCUCACAGGGCACCGGCCACUCCACCGGACACAUCUCCAUCCACACUGUGACGCUCUCUGGAGAGGAGUAUGACGACGAAGUCACAUCACGCAGCUCACUCACAAGCUACCAAGACGGAGAAAGCUUCGCUUCAUUUGAAGGUCCCAACAUAGACCGGGCUGGCUACAGUUCCCAGGAAUCCCUGCUGUCUAUGAUGGACAGACACAAUGAAAUACCUCCACAACAAGAGAACCAAAUAGUCAUCGAGCUACUGCGAGAGAACUUUGAGCCGCAGGAAGAGUUUCACGAGCCAGAGAGGGCGUCUCUCAACUCGUAUGCGUCCAACGAGCAGUCGGAGGACGGUUACCCCCGGGUGGACUUGGACACCAUUGACAGUGGUUUUGGAGAGUGCAGCAGCCCCGGAGGCACAGACUCCAACCAAGCAGCGCAGAUGGACUCGUUUCUUGAGCACAAAAACUCCAACUACGUCAAGCAGUGGAUGAUCUGCAGCACAAUUCAGGAGGAGAGCGGCAGUUGUGAACAAUAAUCCAACGGAGAUGCAUCAACUGUAAAUGUGUAUUUAAGUGUAGAUAACUAACAUUUUCCCAAAAGAAUGUCACGCCACUAUGUACAAAGUCUGACUGUUUUACCCUUUUUCUGUUUAAUUUAAUACUUUUCUGUGUCUGUUCAAUAUCCAAAAAUGUGGGUGUUAACUAACUGCAAACUAUGAGCUCCAUGUCUUUAUUUAUUAAACAAAACCAUGUCAAAAUGCUUAGGCAGCAUGUUAAAAUCUCAGAAGUCAUCAGCUUUGGAGCCACCUUUUUGCAGCAGUGACAUGUUUCCUGUAUGGCUUUUAUCAGACUCUUGCAAUGCAAGGGAAGUUUAGCCCUGACCUGUUCAUUUCCUGAGAUUUGCAGAAAGUCACUCUCAGGUUUCUCACACAGUUGAUGCCUAUCAAAGUGCUCUAAAGGCAAAUUUAGGGUCUACUCAGUGACAACUCCAAUGAAAGUUGUGUUUUUGGUGUUUUUAACAUGUUUCUUAUCACGAUUCAA